AUGCCUGAUCCAUGGACGAAUAACUGGCCUGCAGGAGCCUCCCUGGCAUCAUCCAGCAAGGCAUCCAAGUCCAAUGGAGUGCCAUUGGGUCAAUUUGAUUUGACUGCCUCCAUCAAUUUCGCUGAUGAAGAAGAAAAAGUGCUGAAAUUCUGGAAGGAGAUUGAUGCCUUCCAAACAUCACUCGCUCUUUCGAAAGGAAGACCACGUUAUACCUUCUAUGAUGGUCCACCAUUCGCUACUGGUCUGCCACAUUAUGGUCACUUAUUAGCUGGAACCAUCAAGGACGUGGUGACGCGUUACGCUCAUCAAACCGGCCAUUUCGUAGAACGUCGAUUCGGUUGGGAUUGUCAUGGCCUACCCGUAGAAUUCGAAAUUGACAAGAAACUCGACAUCAAGAGCGCCCAAGAUGUCAUGGACAUGGGUAUCGACAAGUAUAAUGCUGAAUGUAGAGCUAUCGUCAUGAGAUAUUCCAAAGAAUGGGAAACAACCGUGACACGUAUCGGGCGAUGGAUUGAUUUCGAGAAUGAUUACAAGACGCUGGAUACAUCAUUUAUGGAGUCUGUUUGGUGGGUUUUUAAGCAGCUACAUGAUAAAGGACAGGUGUAUCGAGGAUUCAGAGUCAUGCCAUAUUCGACUGGAGUCACCACACCACUAUCGAACUUUGAAGCUGGUCAGAACUAUAAGGAUGUUGUUGAUCCUGCUGUCGUCAUUUCAUUCCCACUCAAAACCGAUCCAACCGUCUCGUUCCUGGCAUGGACGACUACUCCAUGGACAUUACCAAGUAAUUUAGCACUAUGUUCGCAUCCAGAAUUCAUAUAUGUCAAGAUCAAGGACAACAAGACUGGCGCGUUAUAUAUUCUGAUGGAGAAACGGCUGGAGAUCCUGUACAAAAACGAUACCAUGUAUACCAUCUUGGAGAAAUUCAAGGGCUCGCAUAUGAAGGGAUGGGCGUAUGAACCUCUCUUCCCAUACUUUGCUCAUUAUGCAAAAGCCGGUGCUUUUGUUAUGUUAAACGAUACCUACGUUACUGAAGAAGGUGGUACCGGUAUCGUUCAUCAAGCACCAGGAUUCGGAGAGGACGAUUACCGAGUUUGUGUGGCCAAUAAGAUCAUCACGCCUGGUGAAGGUGAAUUGCCCUGUCCUGUUGACGCCAGUGGGCUGUUUACUGCUGAAGUGACAGAUUAUGUCGGUAUACACGUCAAGGCUGCCGACAAACAAAUUCAAAAGGACAUCAAAGCAAAAGGCCGUCUUAUUCAACAAACCUCAUUUACGCACUCAUACCCAUUCUGUUGGAGAUCCGAUACCCCACUUAUCUAUAAAGCUGUUUCAAGUUGGUUUGUUCGAGUAUCAAAUAUCAAUGCCAAGUUACUGGAAGCGAAUGAAGCUACUUACUGGCAACCAUCAUUCGUGAAAGAAAAGAGAUUUGCCAAUUGGCUGGAAAAUGCUCGUGACUGGAACAUUUCAAGAAAUCGAUAUUGGGGUACCCCUAUUCCAUUAUGGGUUAGCGAUGAUCUUGAAGAGGUUGUCGCAAUUGGUUCAGUUGAAGAGUUGAUGAAGUUGUCUGGAUGUGCCAACAUUACUGAUAUUCAUCGUGAAAGCAUUGACCACAUCACCAUCCCGUCGAAGAAGGGCAAAGGUGUAUUGAAGAGAGUACCAGAAGUGUUUGAUUGUUGGUUUGAGAGUGGAAGCAUGCCAUUCGCUCAACAACACUAUCCAUUCGAAAACGCAGACAUAUUCCCAGAUAUAUUCCCCGCUGACUUCAUUUCUGAGGGUAUUGAUCAAACUCGAGGGUGGUUUUAUACAUUAUUGGUCUUGAGUACGCAUUUGAUGGGAAAAGCUCCGUGGAAGAACUUGGUAGUUAGUGGAUUGGUGUUGGCAGAGGACGGCAAGAAGAUGAGUAAAAGGUUAAAGAACUAUCCGGAUCCUAAUGAAAUCAUCAACGAGUAUGGUGCUGAUGCUGUCAGACUGUACUUGGUCAACUCUCCAGCCGUGGCAGCCGACACACUACGAUUUAAAGAAAAGGGCGUCAGGGACUUAGUAGCACAAGUAUUUAUUCCAUGGCACAAUGUCUUGAGAUUCUACUUUACUCAGAUCUCGGUGCUCAAAAAAGAUUUCAACCACACAUAUCAAUAUGAUCCAGCACAUGAUAUCAAGUCAACAAAUGUUAUGGAUCGAUGGAUUUUGGCAUCAACACAGAGCUUGAUUGAAUUCACUCGACAGGAGAUGGCUGCCUACCGAUUAUAUACCGUUACACCACGACUCAUCAAAAUGGUAGACGAAUUGACGAACUGGUAUGUUCGUUUCAAUCGUAGAAGGCUGAAAGGUGAAAGUGGUCUUGAAGAAUCUGUGUUUGCGCUGGACACCUUAUCGGAGGUGUUGUUUUCCAUGUGCAAGCUGAUGGCGCCAUUCACACCAUUCGUGACUGAAAACAUGUAUCAAAAUCUUCGAAAUGUGAUGGUCACAUCGAAAACAGAAGAUGAUCGAUCCAUUCACUUCCUGAUGAUUCCAGAUGUCAAGAAGCAGUACUUUAAUGAAGAUAUCGAACGCGCGGUUUCAAGGAUGCAAACUGUUAUUGAAGCUGGUCGUGUUGUUCGUGAUCGAAAGACUCUGCCCACCAAGACUCCAUUACGAGAAUUGAUCCUCAUCAACUCAGACCCUCAAUUCCUAUCCGACGUCAAAGCUCUCGAAAGUUACGUAGUAGAAGAACUCAACAUCCGCAAAUUCACCACCACAUCCAAAGAAUCCGAUUACGGCAUCUCAUACCGUCUCGAACCUGACCUCAAAGUAUUAGGAAAACGUCUUGGUUCAAAACUGAAAGCCGUGAAAGCUGGCUUGACAGGUUUGAAUGACGAUGCAGUGAAAUUGUUUCUCAAGACUAAAAAAGUGGAGAUUGAUGGUGUUGUGCUGACUGAAGGCGAUGUGCUUGUUGUGAGGUCGUUUGGAGGUGCUUCAGCCGGAGCAUCGAGCAAUAAUAGUCAAUAUGAGACACAUUCGGAGAAGGAUGUGUUGGUUGUUGUUGAUGUGGCGCUUGAUAAGGCAUUGAUUCAGGAAGGGUUGGCUCGAGAGCUUGUGAUGCGUAUUCAGCAACUACGAAAGAAGGGUGGUUUGAUAGUGACAGAUGAAGUCGACUACCAUUAUCAAAUUAUCAAAGAUCCAAAUUCAGAAUUAGCUGGUGUUCUCACUGACGCCAACGAGUUCCUGAUGAAGCAACUGAAACAACCUUUACAGCAAGGCCUUGUUUCAGAAGGUGUUAUUGCUCAGGAAGAACAAGAGGUUGGAGGCUCAAUCAUCACAUUAGCACUAGUCAAACGCUCGUUUCAGAAUAGAAGAGCACUGUCAAGUGCUUGGAAGGAAGAAGUCCAAGUGCUGGGCGUGAAGGAGGAGUGA